AUGGUCCAAAUUGGUUUUAGUACUCAAUGGUGUAACCUUAUUCUGCAAUGUAUAUCUACCACUAAUCUUGUUGUUUUGGUUAAUGGUUCUCCUGGAAAAUUCUGCAAGCCUUCUAGAGGGCUCAUACAAGGAGACCCUCUUUCUUCAUAUUUGUUCCUAUUAUGCACGGAGGCUCUCUCAAGAUAUCUUAUUCAUGCUGAAUCUCAAAGCCUAAUUCAUGGGAUUAUACUGUGUUCAGAUGCUCCUUCCAUUAGCCAUCUCCUAUUUUCUGAUGACUGUAUGAUAUUCUGUAAAGCUAACAUGAAGGAAUGCCACAAUCUUAUCAAGAUUUUCCAAGACUUCAGUCAAACUUCUCGGAAAAUGAUAAACUUUGCUAAAUCUGGUAUUUUCUUCAGUAAAUACAAUGCUCCUGAUAUUGAUGAUGGUCAAUGUGUGAGAGCAAGAAACUACAAGGACUCUACAGUUGGACUCAGCAGAGCAGACAGAGCAGGAAGAGGAGCUCAUCUAGCUUUGGAAUGGGGCAAGGAAAUACAGAAAUCCAACAUUGAUGCAGAAGAUGAUGCAACUCUAUAG